GUGUAGACACAUGAAGUUUUUCAACAGAAAUUUUAUCAGAAAGUUAAAUAUUUAAUUGCUAAAUAGUAAAUUUAUUUUGUGUUAAAAAGGAAAAAGUUACCACAUAGAAAUAUUUCAAUUGUAAUUGGGCGAGUAAUAUGUACAUAUCGUACAUAUGUGGAAAAAUGAGUGAAGGAAUGUCAGAAUAAAGUGUUUUUUAUUGCAUAAAUAUAAAUAGUCUAAAUUGCUAUAUAUAAAAAAGUAAAUAUAUUUGUUAAAAGUUAAUCAAAAGAUGGCGAACUGUUUGAUAUCGCGGACGUAUUAUUUGCUAAUAUGUUUCUUUCUACUAUAUCCAAACGGUGCCAAUUUCGUCCCAGGCGAAAAAAUCAAUUACAAUCUUGCACAUUCUUGGGCCGAUAAAUUGGGCAUGGAACUCUUCCAUUUGGGUGACUUCAUUACCAGAAGAAAGGAAGUUCAAGAGAGUUUCAAAGAAGCACAAGUGGUUUCGCGAGCUGGGGCCAAAAUUGUUGAAAACAUGGCGCACGAUGUAAAAAUGAUGAUGGAUUUGAAAAUAAGCGCAGUUCGACGCAUAAUGGAUACGGCAGAAAAUACUGCACUGUCGCAUCAGAACGAGAAGGAAGAUCAGUUUUUCUCCUAUUAUAACGCCAAAGAUAUGAGAGAACCCGACGAUCCUAUACCAACACCCGCACCGCGCGAGCUGGACGAUAUGGGCGAACCACACAUUUUUGUACCGCCCAAAGAGAUUGUUCUAACACCGAAAGCUGAAUUUUUCAAUACGCCAGUCAAUCUGAGCGUCAGUUCAGUGCAUGUGCCCCUAAAUGUUUUCGAUCGAGCCAAGGAUGUCAUCAAAGGCAUUCAGUGGUCGGAGAAUUUAGAUCAAAUAUUUCGUGAUAAUUACAAAAACGAUCCAACAUUGUCAUGGCAAUUUUAUGGCAGCUCGACCGGUUUCAUGCGCCAAUUUCCGGCAGCCAAGUGGAAAGCUAAACCAGUCGAUUUGUAUGAUUGCCGACUGCGUUCAUGGUAUAUGGAGGCAGCGACAAGUCCCAAGGACAUCAUCAUACUAUUGGACAGUUCUGGCUCUAUGAAGGGACAGAGGCUAGAUAUCGCAAAGAAGGUUGUAAAUACAAUACUCGAUACAUUGGGUACCAAUGACUUUGUGAACAUCUUCACCUUUGGCAAAACAGUAGAGCCGGCCGUCAAAUGUUUUGAGGACACGCUAGUUCAAGCGAAUCUUGGCAAUAUUCGGGAGCUCAUGGAAGGUGUUGACUCUAUAAAAAUUGCCAACAUUGCCAAUUUCACAGCUGCAUUGACGAAAGCUUUUGAAGUUUUGGAACAAUUUCGUACGGAACUUCGUGGUGCACAAUGCAAUCAAGCCAUCAUGAUCGUUAGCGAUGGUGCGCCUUUUACCUAUGAGGAUGUAUUUGAACAAUACAAUUGGCGCGAUUUGCCAUUCAAACCUGUGCGCGUUUUCACAUAUCUCAUUGGUAAGGAAGUAGCCGAUGUUAAGGAUAUCAAGUGGAUGGCAUGCGCUAAUCAAGGUUACUAUGUACACUUGAGUGAUAUGGCCGAGGUCCGUGAGAUGGUGCUCAAUUAUAUACCAGUAAUGGCGAGACCCCUUGUUCUAGGUAAACAUGAUCAUCCUGUUGUGUGGACGCAGGUGUAUGCUGAUGUUAUUGACCCAAAACUCUCCGAUUGGCUAUGGGAAAUGAAGCAGUGUGAUGAUCAGCGCGAGGAUGUUUUGGAAUUUCGCCGAGAAGGUAGCCGCAUGCUGGAACCCAGCCAAGUGCACAAACGCAUCUAUCAACGCAAUAAAGCGGCCUGGAAUCAACCGCUCGAAUCUGAAGUAUAUCAAUUUAUGACUACUGUCUCUAUGCCUGUUUAUGAUCGGCGCAUGAAUGCUAAUAUCACCGAAGAGGUUUUAAUAAAUGAGGCGCUUUGGGAAUUACAAACUCGUGAGACGAAAAUUGCCAAUCUACUGGGUGUUGCGGGCACGGAUGUACCUAUUAGAGAUAUCAAAAAAAUGCUAUCCCCAUUUUUGCUCGGCGUCAACGGGUACGCAUUUAUUGUAACAAAUAACGGUUACAUACUAUUCCAUCCAGAUUUUCGUCCAAUAUUUCAAGGCAAUAUCUUGAAGCCCGCUUACAAUAGCGUGGAUAUGAUAGAAGUCGAAUUAUUGGACGAUGAUCGAGCAGCGAGAGAUUUCAAUCCAGUACUACUAACGAUACGUGAUUCAAUAAUAAAUCAAUCAACUGGUAGUAAAUGGAUGCUAGUGAAAAAUCAUUUCGACGAAAUGAAACGUGUUGCUCGCAUCAAACGGCAAUAUUAUUGGAGAGCGAUACCGAAUACACCAUUUACGCUGGUAAUCACAUAUCCCGAGCAAUAUGGUGUACAUCGUUUGUCCAUACGUGCCGAAAAUGAGAUACACCGCAUGAAUAUUAAAGGUGAUAACUUGUUGAACUACUUUGGUGGUAAACGCUGGCGGAUUCAUCCAACCUGGUUGUAUUGCAAGCACAACAAUAAAACAUUUACAACACCUGAAGAAGAAUUGGUCUGGUUUUUGAAUAAAAUGUCACAACCUGGUUGGAGGUGGCCACUUAGUAGGAGUGCGGUGCCGCCAGAACAUGCAGCGCUGCUGUUUUCUAACACAUCUUCCGGGCGCUUACCAUCCAUAAAUGAAAAAGAAAGUUACUAUUGUGAUCGCCAGCUAAUGCAAUCACUUGUCUUUGAUGCAAGGGUUACCGAAUGGUUUUCGAAGAACACAAGCUUUAAUUCUAAAGAUGACAAGGGCACAAGUGCUUCAAGCCCAAUCGCCGUUCUAAUGGGUUUGUUGCCAAGAAACGAAUUUAAACAACGAUUUGGCAUCACUGUGGCAUUUCUGGCAACACAUAGCGGCCUUACAAGAUGGCAAGAGUUUCAUUCGAAUAUGGCCGAGGAAGCUGGCACGGGCGAGGUUUUCAGCGAACAAAAUAAACGUGCUAUAGAAGAGAUGUGGUACAAACGUGCAGUGGAUCAGCAUUUCAUCCAUGAAGACAGUUUUGUUUAUUCGGUACCAUUUGAUGCGGGAGAUCUUGCAGAAGAAAUUACUGUAACUGCGAGUAAUGCUGUUUUUCACACUGAGGGUGGCAAAUCCGCAGCAGCAGCCGUUGUAGGAUUUCAGUUUCAUCAUUCUGCGCUGGAAAAGCUUUUCCGUAAUAUUACUGGCAAUGGAUGCGCCGUUGAGGACCGUGAGUGUUAUGUUAUCGAUAAUAAUGGAUUUAUUAUUAUUUCGCCGUAUCGCCAAGAGACUGGCAAGUUCUUUGGUGAAAUCAAUGGCGGCAUUAUGUUUCGUUUAGUGGAAGAGAAAGUCUUUAAGCGUGUCAUUGUGUACGACUAUCAAGCGGUUUGCUUUGAAUCCGAUGGUGAUAUGAAUGCAUCAAAUAGCUUAUUAUCGCCAUUCUUCCACCUGCUGCGCAUAUUCAAAUGGUUGCUCCAUACGGUGCUGUGGUAUAUUGUGCAAUUCACUAAUAUGGCCAUUGCCGAAAUUAGCGAUCAUUACAUCGACGAAGACAUGAGUGACUAUCCGGCCAGUACAAAGAAUACCGAUUUGUUGCGUAUGGUGACGCUGCAUCGGACACGCCUCAAGACGUGCGACAUGCAACGCGAAUUAUACCUUAUGUACAAUGAGAAGGACAAUGUGGUUUACAAUAUGACAGCUCACGCAUGUGAGCGGCCAUUUGUUGUGUUACCGGUGCCGAAUAGCAAUUUGAUUCUGGUGGUAAUCGAUCAACGAUGCCCACGGGAUACAAUGAUACAACUGACGGUUAAUCCAAUCGAUAUUACAUAUCCACUAGAUAAAAAUCAAACAUUUGCUUGCUAUAAGAAUGAUCGUGAAUUUUCGAGGGUGCGUCCAGUUAGUUGUAUAAACAAGCAUAUAAAUGAAAGCUCAAUCGAAUUGUGUGGUAAUGCCGGAAGUAUUUUUGUCAACAUAUUUCUACUGCUGCUGGGUCUUUCAUUAAGCCGAUAUCUGUAAUAUUUGGACUCUUAAAUUUUAAAACCAUUCUUGUAAAUUAAUUUUUUGUAAAGUUGUUUUUACCUUUCGCUUUAAGUCUAAUAUAAUAAUGUUGUACACAUAUGUAAGUAGUUUGUGGUAUUAAGGUAUAAAAAAAUAUUUGAAGAAUGUGCUUUAAAAGUUUACAGUUAAGGACACAUAAAAUGGAACAAAAACUGUGUGACACAGCAUACUUGUAUGUAUGCAUAACUUUUGAAUUUUACAUAUUACAGUGGCCAGGUGCGUGACUGCUAUUCGGUUGAUCACAGGAUCGAAGCCCCCUGCAUACAUGAAGCAUCGAAUUUUAAACAAGUUAACGGCCAUCUAUGACAUUUCAAACCGUCAGGAAGUGAAUAAAUAUUAGAUAGGAAUCAAGACGACCAACACUACAAAGAAGAAGCGCACCCCAACAUCUUAUGAAGGCUGUAAAGGCCCAUUUUAGAAAUCAAAAGGAGGAUUGACAGAAACGGUUUAGAUUUUAGAUUAGCAAUACUAAUAAAUAGCUCCUUAUCGCUAAGCAUAACACAAAAAAUAGUGAUGCAAGUUUAACGGAAGAAUAAACUUAGUAAGUUGCUCACAAAGAGCUUUGAGACAAAAAAACACAUUUGUAUGUCAAAGAUCCUUUUCCAUAUGAAGAUAAUUGACACUUCUUUAAGCUGGUUUCCCACUUCAUCAAAUUUCAUGUUUUAUUUACGAAUUAAACUAAGAUUAUUCAAGUUAAGGAUUCCUUCAAUCGCUUUUAAAUUAUUCACACAAACUAUAACUUUGAGAAGACCGCACAAAAAUAUUCUAAAAGGCGUUGAAACGGGCGAUUUUGGCAAUGGUCCACAACACAGUUGUUAACAAAUCUCGAUAACAUCACUAGCCCCCAUUUUCAAUUCAACGGCCGGCACGAAGCGGCACUGGUGUUUUUAAGUCAAAUGCGAAGCAUGACCAGUCAAAUUUUUCGAUUAACUUUUUAUUCCUGACUCUGUAACGAACAAAAAUAUCGAGUGUGGUUUAAUUUUUACAUUUUCACAGCGUCAUCAAAUUCUUAGUGAGUUGUAGAUUUCAUGCAUAUUUAAUAUCUGUCAAAGAGACGCCAACUGACGGUGAUAGUUUUCAAAAUAAAACAUUGUU